AUGAUCAAAGCCCAGCUUCGGCAGUGGAUGCCCCUGCAGCGCAUCAUCCCCGUCCGGCUGCGCUUCAUCGUCGUCCCCGCGCUGGUCUGGUUCAUACUCGGCACCAUCUUCCUCGCCUCCCGCCAUGGCAGCCGCCUCGCCGGCCUCGUGCCCCUGACGGGACAGCACCUCUUCGGCGGCGGCUCGCACACCCAUCGCCUGCCGCCCCCGACGACGUCGCGCAAACUGCCUCCGCGCGUGCCGUGUCGGGGCCCGCGAGGCCAUCUGCUGUCGCACAGUCCGGACGAUGACCUGCAGUACGGCGAUCUGCGCGAGACAUCGUACCCCAUCCCCUUUGUCGGCUCGCAGCGCGAACUCGGACUCGAUAAGACAUGGAUGACGGCCGACGGACGAUACGGCCCGUACGGCUUCGGCGAAGAUAAGGACGGAUACAAUCGAUCCCGCGUCGACUGGGACAAGAUCGAUUGGGGCAAGCUGCAGGACGAAUGCUUCAAGAGCAACGCGAAGCGGUUCCCGCAAGCGGCCCCUUCGGUCCAGCUGCGCAACGACGUGCGCUUCACAAUCACCAACCAUACUCAGCUGGCGAGCCUGGCGCCCGCCUGGGACGCGUUCAACAGCACCCGCCGGACGGCGCUCGUCGUGCGCAGCUAUGCCGGCUUCAAGUACAAGGCCGAGGACCUGUGGAACCUCCGCUCGCUCAUCGUCGAAGCGUCAUUACGCACGGGAGGCGAGUACGCCGUCGUGCUGCUCGUCGACGUCCAGGACGAGAGCAAGAAAAUCUUUGAGUCCAAGGCCAACUACGACGCGGCCUUUGCGGCCAUGGGCCUGCCGCCCGAGCUGCGGUCCAUUGCCGUGCUCUGGGACGACAGCCUGCUCAAGUCGUGGUACGCGGCUGUUGAGGAGCAUAGGACAAUGUGGGCGGUCAACCAGCCUCUGCAGCUCUUCGCGCUGCACUACCCCGAAUUCGACCACUACUGGCAAGUCGAGCUCGACCAGCGCUUCACGGGCGACGCGGGCCAAUACCUCGAUACGGUAUCGACGUGGGCGCGCAACGAGCCGCGCAAGCAGGCACUCGAGCGCGCCACGUACGCCUUCAGCGAGGAGAUUCACGGCACAUAUCAGGACCUGACGGAGCAGGUCGACGCCGUCAACAAGGGCCAGUCGCGGGCCUGGGGGCCAGUACGCAUCCCAGACAUCGACCCCAUCGGCCCGGUGCCGCCCUUUGAGCGCCCCGAGGACGACGAGUUCAUCUGGGGCGUGGGCGAGGACGCCGACGUCAUCGUCACGAGCUUCUGCGCCGACGUGCGCCAAGUCGAGUGGGUGUUCAAGAACUACAUCAAGGGGUUCGAGCAGGGCGAGGAGACGCCGCGGUGGUGGUGCCCGCCGGCCGUGAUGCGCGCGAGCCGCACGCUGCUGCUCUCGGUGCACCAGUCGCAGCACGAGCACGGCAUGAGCCUGCCCAGCGAGGCGGUGCUGCCGACGUGGGCGCUGUGGCACGGCCUCAAGCUCAGCUACCCGCCGCAGCCGGCCUACAUGCGCCCGCACGAGCCCGAGUUCGAGGACUUCAAGGACGACUGGGUGCGCGACCCGGCGCGGUGGCUCAACACGACGACGACGCCCUGGUUCGGCAACGACCCGGCCCACUCCGAGGACGGGCUCUCGCACGGCGACCCCCAGAGCUUCGCCGACCGCGGGCUCACCUGGUGGUGGACGGCCGCCUGGCCGCGCAAGAUCAUGGACGUGUGGUUCGCCGGCGACACCCACGACGACAAGAUGCCCAGCAUGCUGCGCGUGCAGGACGGCAAGGUGUACAUCCCCAACAUGGCCAUGCACCCCGUCAAGACAUGA